CUUUCUCAAACCCUAUUUCUCGAAAAUCCCCUUCCUCGCCGCUACAGGCCCAACAACAUCAACAUCCCUGACUUCUUCCUAACAACUCUCUCCAUCCUCUUCUCUUCUUCUUUUUCCUCUGCCUCUCUCAAACCCUAUUUCCCGAAAAUCCCCUUCCUCGCCUCCAGCCGCAGCCGCCGCUUCCUCCAAAUCCCAUCCAUGUCGGUCUCAAACCCAAACAACCGGCGCCGUUUCGCUAACCCUGAUUCCCUCUCCGAUUGGCUGAAGCCCCGAUUGCCCUCCGAUUCCUUCUCCUCCUGGGGGGUCAAGCCGGGGACGAAGAAUGUUCACAACCUCUGGCUCGAGAUCUCUCAAGGCGAGACCUCCCUCGCCGAUUCUACCCCUCCGAUUCGCACCGUCAACGUCGCCACCGUGAAAAUUAUCGGGAAGAACAACCGGGUCCUCAUCGAAUCGCAUCAGGAGCUUUCCGACGGGACGGUGAGGAGCCGGCACCGGCCCUUGUCGGAGAAGAUGAAGCCCGACGAGAGCCCUGAUUCUGCCGUCCUGCGGGCGAUCCGAGAGGAGCUCGGGUCGAUUGCCGGUGGGGAAGUGCGGAUUGUGUCGGGUUCGUACAGGGAGAAGGUGGAGGAGAGGUGUUCGGCUUCGUACCCUGGUUUGCCGGCGAGAUAUAUGUUGUACUCGGUGGACGCGAUUGUGGACGGGCUGCCGGACGACGAUUUUGUGACAGAGGAAGGGGAUGAGUAUGGGGAUUCGGAGGAUAAGAAGGUUGCCGAUCAAGCUGUGACUGUUAGAAAGCAUUUCUGGAAAUGGGUUAGUCCUGAUUCCGUUGAGUUGUGA